AAAAAAACUUCCGCGUAACUUCCGCGUCGCCGUUGUGUUCAGUUGUGAUUGGAAGUGUAGUUCACUGAAAAGCGAUGGAAAUUUAGGGACCAUUUCUUUGUUCUUCGACUUUUUAUACAACCUUGUCCGUCCGUGUUAUCCUAUGCCCAGCAGAGCCCGAGCGACAGACUAAAACGGGGGCGAGGAAGCUAGCUGUGUAGCUAGUCACUUUGACCGGUGGUCUGUCAGUGGCUGCGGGGCCACUUUGUGCAGAAUGGAUUGUCUAUGUGAAAUAGUUCAAGGCUUGGCCGCGUUGGCAGCUCUGGGACUAAUUGUGGUGCUCGUAAUAGCACACAUUACUGCUGGGAUGGUGAACCAGACACGGCACGAGAAGGAGAAAUAUUUCCUCACUGCGACAGGAGAGAAGGAGCUCUUCCCCAGCCUGCACGAGCCCCACUCCACAGAGCUGUCUGUGGUGAUCCCGGCCUACAACGAGGAGCUCCGAAUGCCAGUGAUGUUGGAUGAAGCUAUGGAGUAUUUGGAAAACAGACAGAAACAAAAGCCGUCAUUUACCUUUGAGGUCAUUGUAGUUGAUGAUGGCAGCAAAGACAAAACCACAGAGGUUGGUUUGCGGUACACGAGGAAGUAUGGCGCAGAUAAAGUCCGGGUCCUGACACUGGUGAACAACAGGGGAAAAGGAGGAGCUGUGCGAAUGGGAACUCUGAGCUCCAGAGGGAAGGUUAUUCUGAUGGCAGAUGCUGAUGGAGCCACAAAGUUUUCUGACCUUGAAAGAGUGGAAGCAGGACUUAAUGACCUCCUACCUAAUCCGGGUAACAUGGCAAUUUCCUGUGGUUCCAGAGCUCAUCUGGAGAAAGAGUCUGUAGCACAGCGCUCUGUGUUUCGUACCUUUCUUAUGUAUGGAUUCCACUCGCUUGUGUGGUUCUUUUGUGUGAGAGGGAUCAAGGACACACAGUGUGGCUUCAAGCUUUUCACACGCGAGGCUGCACUUAAGACCUUCUCUUCUCUUCAUGUCGAGCGAUGGGCAUUUGAUGUGGAGCUCCUAUACAUUGCCAAUUGUUUUAAAAUCCCCAUAGCAGAGGUGGCAGUCAACUGGACUGAAAUAGAGGGGUCCAAGAUCGUUCCAUUCUGGAGCUGGCUGCAAAUGGGAAGAGACCUCGUUUUCAUUCGCCUGCGCUACAUCACCGGCGCAUGGAAACUGGAGUCGCCGACUAAGACUGACUAGCCAAUCAGACGAGCCCUGGUGUCAUAGAGACAGCCUAUGAUAGGGCCAUCGAACCUUUGGAAGAGGUGGGAUUAACAGCUGGGUCACAUACGCUGUACUCAGCCACAAAGUGCACUAUGUCACAUCCUUUUUCCUUUCCAUCAUUGGUUGUGAGGUAUUGACACAGGUGUGAAUUCCUCAUGGUCCUGCCUUUGUUUUUUAAAUCAGCUUUUGGCUUGUGAUGGCCGCUGUUACAUGGACAUUUGUGUGGCCCCAGCUUACAGGAUGCCAGUAUGACUGAUUCAUUAAGUUACAUCACAUUUACUCUGUGGGCAGUCAGUUGUGAGAAGCGGAGGGGCUUCUAUGAUGAUGUGCGUCAUGAAUGUGCCUAUGAGUUUUACCAUAAUGAAGAGAUUGUACUGAGGAAUCAUGACCUUGGGUUGAUGAUCUGGAUAAUCUGAGCUAUAAUUAAAAAAAAACCUUGUAAACAACUCAUUUCAUUAUCAAUAAUAUUUUAGUUGAUUAGCCCAUUUUAAACCAAAAUGUCAAACAUUUUAGACUUGUCUUUAAGAUAAACUAAGUACUUGUAAGGUUUGUUCCUUGAUAAAGUCAUUAUUACUCCUAAAGCUUUAAAUCACAUUGAAGCAGAAUGUGAGGAGUUUUUCCACUUUGUUAAACACUGAUAACAUGCGGGACAUGUGCUGUGAUCUCCUGUCAGUCUGCUUCCUGUCACUUUGCAGGGUUUCACAACGAGCCUCACCCUCUCUGUGUAAUCCUUUGUCACGUAUUGAUGUUAAACUGAAAAAUCUGGUAGAUGCACCAUUCUAACGCAGGUUAACAGCCUGGUGACACUGGCUCUAAAUGUAACGCAGCUGUAUAUAAUUGUAUGUGUUAGUGGUCUAGAGUCCAGAAAGAGGAAGAAACCCAGGAUCACGUUGUUUAAAGCCAAAGUCUUCCUUUUGUCAGUCUGCUAAAACCUAUGUGGACAUCUCCUUGGAACGUGUUCAGCACGCGUUUUUGCGGGCUGAGUAAGUCGGCGCUGUUUUCUUAUGCAAGCCUGAGGUCUACGGCUCGCGCUGACGCGAGCGUCUCUGGGGCCUCACGGAGCCCCGGGGAGCGCAUCCGGUUUGCGCCCCGCGUGUCUGUCGCCUGAGCGCAGACGGGCAGGACCCAGACGCGGUGACUCAUCUUCCUCCGCCCGUUUCUAGUUUCCUGCCUCUGUAAAAAGGUAACGA